UCACGUUGUCGAUAUUUUGUGGGAUAGGCGAGGAAUUGUCUAAAUAUAACGGCGUUGCUGCUUGCUAAUGUGUGUAUUACGCUUUGCUUGAGUUAUCCGCUCGUCCCAUGCUCCUGGUGGUGUUGUGUUUUGUUCGGUUGACAUGACUAUGGAAGAUCCGUUCUACGUGGUCAAAGAUGAGGUGUUCAAGGCACUAAACAAGACACGAGGCCUAUACCUGCGCUGGCAGGAGAUCUCGAAGGCCCCCGUGGCCCCAAACAGUCCCGAGGUUGAAUGGACCUCCACGGAGCUGAGGAACGCGCUGCGCAGCAUCGAGUGGGACUUGGAGGAUCUUGAAGAUACAAUUAGUAUCGUCGAAAAGAACUCGUCGAAGUUUAAGAUCGACAACAAGGAGAUCAGCGACAGGCGGACAUUCAUUGAAGCUACCAAGCAGGAGGUGAAGGUAAUGAAAGGCAAGAUGAGCCUCAACAGGAACCGCGACGCGGACGGCACGGCCCGCGAGCCGCUGCUCGGCGAGGAGAGCCCCAUGCACUUCGGCAACACGUGGACCUCCACGCCCAAGUACUCCAAGUACUCGAAGCUGGCCAGCCAGACCGACAGUCCGAACAGGUUCGACGCGUACGACAAUGACAUAAUGUCGAUGCAGGAGAAGAUGCUAGUGAACCAGGAUGACCAGCUGCAAGUGAUCAGCAACUCCGUCGGCAGUCUCAAGACCGUGUCCAAGCAGAUCGGCAUAGAACUGGACGAGCAGGCCGGUAUGCUAGACGACCUCAACACGGAGCUCGAAAACGCCGACUCCAAGUUAGACUCCACCAUUAAGAAAGUCGCAAAGGUGCUCCACAUGAAUAACGAUCGACGUCAAUGGCUGGCAAUCGGCAUACUCCUCGGUCUAUUAGUCAUAAUCCUAAUAUUGUUUGUUAUAAUCUGAGCACACUGCGACGCGGGUUGUCGUCCAGCACUCUGAGACACUCUGACUUAGCCAAUUUAUCUUCAAAUGCGCCACAGUGGAACGACGUCAAACUUGUGGUUGGAGAUGAGAUUUUUUUGUUAUUCGGCGAUAUCUUUUUACUGCCCUAACAAAAAACUAUGAAAAGUAAGGAUCUUGGAAAUCUACUGAGGACUAUCCCACCCAAAUUUUACGAUUCUAUGUCAACACCAUAAAAAGUUUACGUCGAAAAACAGAAAAUUCUCUGAAGUCUUCAGAAAAGUCCAACCACAAGUAUGGCGUCAUUCCGCAGUGCGCCUUCUGUACUUAGCAUUUCAUAAAGUAAUCCCACAUCGGAACUCAAUGCUUCUGUUGCAUGUAUCUUGUGAAUACCGUAGCCUGAAUAUGUUUUUAGUGGAGAGUAGUGACAUUGUUGUAUUUAAAUUUACAAUGCACCGUUUAUAUUGAUAGUUAACGUUUCUAGUAUACACGAUUAAAUUAAAAAAAAAUUGUGUCGUAAAAUGAAAUUGAGUCAAUGAGAAAUCGAUUUUAAAUAUUUAAUAUUACCUAAAUAAAAUAAUAAAAAUAGUAGGGUAAACAAUACUAUUAUCGGGCCCCUACAUUGGACAGUUUACCUAUUUCAUUAUUGAUUUGCACGAACUUGUACCGUGUUUAGCUCAAUUAGAAUCCGCUAUUGAAAUUGGCGCCUUUUUCUACUGAGAAAGUUGCCUUGCCAGUAGUGUUUUUAAAAGACUAGUCUUGAAGACUUUGAAAUCUUAAAGACUCACAAACCUUGAAGGUUCAAGCUUUGAAGACUUAAGCGUUGAAGGUUUGAGCUCAAAAACGGUUUAGAACCUUAACGACUCAAGCUUUUUACGAGCUCUUAAGAGUAAGUAUUUAAGACUCGGGCCUCAUAGAGAGCUCAAGCUUUAAAAACUCGGGCCUAUUGAAAGCUCAAGAACCUCGAAGGCCUGAGUCGAGCAUUAAGAGCUCAAACAAUAAGCGUUCUAGGCAGAAAGUAUUAUUGUUUUUUUUUAUAGAAUAUUAUGAACAUAACUACGUUGCCACUUUGUAGUCAUGUCUGAGUGUAGUAAUUAACAGAUCACAAAAAGUCACUCAUAAAAUUCAUCUGCCGUCAAAAUAAAUCUAACUUUACGUUUAAAGGUAUUGUUUAUCCACUCUAAUUGAUAUUUUACAAACAAAAAAUGCGAUAGGUCCAAAUUUUUUUUUUCCGUUUUCCCCUAUUUCACAAAAAAAUAUAUAAUAUUUUUAAAUUCUAAUGACCUCUGGAUUACGCUGUUAGAAUCGCUCGGGUUCCUCCCGGGCACCUUGUAUAACUAUCAAAUAUGCCAUAGAUUGAUCUAAUUUGUUAGAAGCUUUUAAGACUUAAAUGCUCCAAACCUUAUAGACUAAACCUUCAAAACUUAGGAGGCUUUAAAGCUUGAGGCCUAAAGACUUGAGGUUUCUGUGAUCGUAAGCAGCAACGCGAACUUAUUAAUUUGAGGCUUAUACGGUCGAGGCUUUAAGGUUCGAGGCUUCUAGACUCAGCAGUCGCGACUCGAGUCUUGUAGUUUACGCCUCGAAGCUUAAAUUCACAACACUACUUGCCAGUGUAUGACUACGAGCAAAACUCCCACGGUUGGCCGUCUUGUACCCCCUUAAUACAUAUUAACCGUUAUUCGUUUACAUGUGUUCAAUGAAUGCUGUUGAAACUACAGUUCCACGUAUAUAAACGGUGACGGAGUCUUGUAAAUUUAUGUAUAAACGUAAAUCAGUAAUAGUAUUUUUGUAACAUUCCCUAAUAUUAUGACCUAUAUAGUUAUAAUUAACGCACAUGUAUUAAUUGCGUUCUAAAUAUCAUUAACAUUCUGUGAAUUAAAUAGCUGUCAAAUAGAGAGUGUACGAAAAGAUGACUUAGAUAGAUCUCUCUUAUGAGAACAUAGGUACACAUGAAAAAUGUGUUAGUACCAUAUCGCUAUAACUUAUUGAGCGAAAUCUAUAGGUCUCUUAUACAAUAAGGUAAAGUGAAAAGGUACAGAAACGAAAAUGAAUUAUUCGUAGUUUUGUAUGGAUCGAGAAAAGGAAAGUUACUAUUAAGAGUUCAAAUAGUCCAAUCAUACAUAGUUUUACGAUGAAAGUACUCAAAACUAAUUUUAAUAUGACUGUAUUAUACCUAUCUUGUUUCUAUAGUAAUCUUCUCACUUACUACUGGCAAUAGACGUAAUUUAUGUAAGUGUAGCGAGAAAUACUGGCAGUGACCACAUUUACCACAAUAGAUAAACGUUUUUUUUUUCUUCAUAUUUCUACCUUAUUAUGACAAAAUCUUCAUUAUCUAUUUAUCUUACUCUAUCUAUCUUAUUUAUUUAUUUAUUUUGGACGAAGUUUGUUGCGGAUUCUGUUUUGUAUCUAUGCUUUUGACGAAGCCUGCGCUGUGGAUGAUAUCUCUACUAAUCUAAAAAUAAGAGUUUGUAAUUAAAUUGUUAUGAGGUUUAGUUAAUUAUUAAAUGAUUUAUUUUCAAAAUUUAUCUUACUUGACAUAUGGCAACAUACCUUUAAUGUGUUCCCAAAUUGAUCGUGGUAAUUGUUUUCGUAUGAUCACUGCAAUGAAUUUAAUCUGAAUUAUACUUAUAGAUCGGGGCAUUGCAAUAAACCGAAACUCUUAUGUAAAUACACAAUAUGAAUAUUAAGGGGAUCAUAAUUAUGUAGACAAUUGUACACAACAGUUAUUUACUUAGUAUAUGUAUUGUAAAAUGUUGUACGAUACACGUGCGAAUAGGUAAUUCGCAACUCGUGUCGAUUUAAAAUACUCCCUUCGGUAGUGUUUUAAUUUAUCACCACUCGCGAAUUUCCUAUUUUCUGCACUUGUAUCGUAAAUAACUAUUUUAGCAUGCCUUGUUUUGUCACAACUUACGUUCUGUGUAUACUCUAUAUCUAGGUAUUUAAAUAAAAGUAAACAAAAUCUACCCUCAAACUACUCCUUAAGCCAGUUGAGGGUAGAUGAAACCAUUACAUGAUCAAACAAUGUAGGGUAAAGUCAGGCCGUUUAGUGACAAAUCCAGGCUGUUUUGAAUUAUGUUGGUUAACCAAUCCAUGUUAUAACUACCCGAAAAUGUAUAAAUUGUUUGUUUACUUUUAUUUAAAUACCUAAAGAUACAAAGUAUAGUAUAUAACGUAUUGCAUGAAGUAUUUUAUAUUAAGCCGAUAGAGGCGCAAUACAACGCGGAACAUCAAACUACUGAAAACCUCAGACACCAUACUCCAUGUGAUUUAUUUCAACAUUUAUUAGCUUUAUCCUCCUAAGGGGCACGGUCCUACCUAUAUGAAUUAUUAAUUUCGAUCGAAAUAGAAAUCAUCUUCAAUUGGAACAGAGUUGCGGUUGUUUUGGUCUGUUAAAUUUUCUAACAAAACAUAGUAAACUCUGUUCCCUACACUGUAGAUUCAAAUUUCACUGACUUGUAUGGCUGAGCUUUAGGAGGUAUGAUUCACUUCAAUGACCAGCAGGCAUGGUCUUAGGUCGUCACUUUAUUUUAGGUAAAUAUAUGCAUUUUCGAAACAAAAAAUACAAGAUGGAUUUACCAUUCGCUUGAUUUUAAGCAAAUUAUUUAGAGGUUUUCAGUAGAUGGUGUUGCUAGAUUAUUUUAUUACAGAACUUACGUUAAGAUAUAUAAGUACCUAUAACCGCCAAAGUCAGAUUACCUAAUAGUGAUAAACGUGAAAACUCCAUUAUAUAAACAAAAAAAUGUAUAAUACCAGUAACUCGCCAUAGUUAUGUACUCGUAUCAUGUUAAGAAAGUAGGAACCAUUAACGCUGGCGAAGUUCUAUAUAAAAGUGAAAGAUAUGUUGAAAUCGUGAAGCAUCUUCAAGCAAGGUUUUGUUCACAUACUUCGAUACCUAGCUUGUAAAUACAAAUAGUUAUAUUUGCUGCUUGUUUUGCCUAUACAUUACCUACACAUUCGCUGUACAGUCCGCUGCAGAGAUAUCUGACCACAUGCCGUGAAUGUGGUAACAUUACGAGUUACAUUACGACAGUCAAUAAGUCAAAAUUAGAAUAAACCGACUUGUUUUUCCGAGACUCACCUUUUUUAAACCGAGGUUUUUGAGGCCAGCGUCGAGACCUUUAUUGAGUAUUUUUCAAGCGCAACUCAAAAGGACUCUAGCCGCGGAAUGGAUUCUUUCCACCAACCUACACCACUAAAGAAUCCCACAUUUUUCGUAUUUUCCGCUCUAUAGACCGCUUCAUUUAUAACUCUACAUGGCAUUUGCAAUGACUAAGUGUGGCAAUGUCAUGACAUGAAACUCCCUCACUUUAUCCUCAAAGUAAGCUUAGUCGGACUAUACUAUAUACCACUACUUCUAUGUAAUGUUGGUGAGAUGGUUCUGCUAGUGGCUGUACGUACCUAUUAAUUUACACCCUAUUCCUAUUAGCUUACGGUUACAUUUCAAUUGCAACCUUUAUUGAGUUUAUCGUCCUAGGAUGUUGGUGUUUCAUGAUUCAAAAAUUAGUUGUUAAGUGGUUAUUUAUUUCUCACUUUAUGCAUUCACAUGGUGGAUUAGGUGUCUAAACGUUAGGUUAGCAUUCUUUCAGGAUGAUUCAGGAGACGUGAUUAGAAAUCCACUACUUUCCAUGUAUUUUCUUUUUUAUUGGAGAAUGGUAAGCACCUGACCACAAUCUCACUUUAUGGUAAGUGCCGAUGCAGUCUAGUCAUUAUUAUAGGAUCGGUAUUUCAAUGUUAUAUUGAUUUUGUUUUUGUCUAUUAAUUAAUAAAUCAUGAUCACCCGGAGACCAGUGGUCAUUUCUCCAUACAAAGGUACUCGACUGUUUCCUCCGUGAUUUUUGACCCUAUAGCAAUGUUUUUUUUUACACAUUAAUAUUAUCAAUAUCUGUGUCGGACUGUUUGCUUUUUUGAUAUUCUUUUUAAACAUCACAAACACUUCAAACUUCGCAAAAACGACCUAAUUAACAAGGCCGCAAAGAACAUAAUGAUUGAUACCAAUAUAUAUGAUAUGAAUUGAUACCAAUUAGCCCAAAAAGGAAAAAAACCCUACACAUUUAGAUUUCAACAUUUCGUUUCGAUUGGUUUAGUUUUGGAGGAGGAAACAGUCGAGUACGAAACCUAGAUUAUAUAGAGGUAUUUUCGCCUAGGCUGCAGUUGUGCUUAUCGCAUUUCUCAAAAUUACUUAAAAUUCUCAAAUCUGAGAAAGGUCUCCGCUGGCCUUACUUCUUAACCAUAACGAGACAUCUGAGCUAGUAAUAUUGGCAGCCACUUAAUAUUAAUACUGGGUAUUAAUACAUUUAAUAAUAUACCAACUUUCGAUACUUAACACGUCUCCUGACUCAACCUGUAUAUUGUGUAUAUAAUUUCUUAAAGGGCGCAAAUGUGAAUUAAUUAUAGGAUAUAUGUAUUCGCUUCAGUGUCUAAAUAGUAUUGUUUCCUUGAUGUAUUGUCGUUUCGACGUUUGAGAUUUAAGAAUGAGACAGACAAUAACGUCCUCCACCUUGUCGUUUGAGACGUUUUGUAUAAAGCCCAGUGUUCACUACAAGAAUAGUAAGCCGUUGAUACACAUCUUGAGGACAAAUCUCUAUUCCCAAUCCGUUACCAUUUUGCAUAAACUUUGUAUGACGGCAAUGGAAUGUAGGAAACGAAAAAUGUAUUGGAAAUGGGACCUUUUUUUCUCCGAUUAGGCUCGAAUGAGCUCGUGAUUGUAAGUUCAAAUAACAAAAAUCCUAAAUCUGGAAAAAGUGUAGUGUACAUCUUUAAAUAAAAUGGCCCUUAUGCACAGUUUGGAUUGCAUAGUGAGCAACAAAAGGCCCAGUAAGUUCGUGUUCUUUUCUCACUCUCACUGAGCGUAAGCGUAAGCGAGAUGGAAGUGCGUGCACAGUAGGAGCACUAAUAUCAUGUUUUUAUAAUUAUAUUCUUUUGUACGUUUAAAUAAAUAAAAAAAUAAAGUAAUAGAUACGUUCCCUCAAACGUCAUAUUGCCGAUUUGUAGGAGCAAUUUUCAUGUUGUUUAGCUUUUGUGGAUAAUUUGUUAGAAUUUUUUGAAGUUCAUUUUUAAACUAUGGUCAUGUUUUUUUCUAUAGACCGAAAGUCAAAAAUUCAGGAUUCGAAUCGAUACAAUCCCUCGAGAAAGGCCUCAAGAUUGCUAAUUAAAUUUAUAGCUGCAUUGUGAUCCAAAAAAGCGCUUCGACAUUUAAAAACUCAGUUGUCUGAACCUACAGCAUUGUGAGAGAGACGAAAUAUACCAAAAUAUAUCGAGCAAUAUGUGGCACGGUAUCUUAAGAUGCCGUGCUAUAAGAUAUCGUAAGAUACCAAAAUAUAUCUUAUAGCUUCGUGUGUGGACUCUGUCAAAUGUUACGUAAAAUAUAACGUAAGAUGCCUUACUAUAUCUUUUUUGCUAUAUUUCUUGGUCUGUAACAGGCUUCAACCGGUCAGGACCCUUAUCAAACACAGACGAAGAAUAAAAAGUAACUUAAGAUGAUGAAUAACACCUUAGCCGCUUAAUAGGUAAUUUUGCUACUGACUGAACGCUCUCUUUAUACUUAGGUAAUACUGAAAGUUCCUAGUCAAAAACUAUAAUAUUUUCUUUUGUUAUCCCUUUUCUUAAUUAUUUCUGACAAUGCGUACAAAUUAUCUUUACGUAAUGAUCAACAUGAAAAGUUUUUCUCAAAAACUUUUUGUAGAAAAAUUUGGGUCCUCAGUAGUUUUGUAUGAUGUUUGUCUAUCUAUAAAAGUAUUUUUUACUUGACUCAUUUGGAUACCCUAAGGUUGUCUGAAUCUGCUGAUAUGCGGUUUUUCCUCCCUACAAGUGCGAUUUUAGUUUGAAGAGACGCUGUUGAAAGACGAAGGACGUUGAUUACCAUCCGUAAGAUUAAUAUGAAAGGGACUAAAUUUAUAAAACCUGCAAUAAGCAUUUACUCGAGAAGUGGGCUUCAUCAUAAGAUAAUACUCGUCGCCUGGUAGAGUUAGACCAAUAUAAGUCUGCAGCGAUUUUGAUAGCCCAGACUGUGCAAGGUUUCAAACGUGCAACUUCUAUGAAAUUAUGACGUAUAAAUAAUACUUGCAGUCUGUAUUGCCAAAAUAGUAGCAGAGUUAUCUUGGUUUAACUCUAUAGCUUUUUUUGUCAACUGAGGGCCCUGAGGGGCACAUUGAAAGUCGUAUCAAAUUCUAACGCAUAAAAUUUUUCGGGUGAAAAUUAUUAAAACGAUCGACGUAUAUUUUCAAAAUGCCAGGAUUCCCAAAAUACACAUUACACCCAAAUAAAUUGUACAUCAACAUUUAUUUUCAAUCAAUAAACCUUGUAAUCUCUAACGUGGCUCAUUAUAGAAACUUUCAGUAUUGCCCACGUUAAGCUAUAAAUUGUUGAUAGUAGGUACAGUCAGCGUCAAAUACUUUGUAGCAACCAAAGUGGCCAAAUAGUUCGGUACACCAUAUAUUUAGUAUGGUGUACCGAACUAUUUGGCCACUUUGACUGCUACAAAGUAUUUGACGCUGACUGUACCAUGUUUGUUCUUUAAAAAUGCAUGAUUACUCAGUAAUUAAGGUAAAUCGGUAUGUGGACGCUUUUUGGAAUUUCUGUAUAGACGAUUACGUGUCCACGUGGCAUAGACCGGUCUGUUGCGAUAAAUUUUCCCAUUAGCAGGACGGCUCAUGUAGUGAAUGUUGGGUUAAGGGUGCUUUCGGUUAGCUUUGGUAUGAUUUAAGUACAGUGCAUCAAAAUAGUGACGGCCAAUGUGGCCAACAAUAUCGUAACACACCUUUGUUACCAUAGAAAUAAGGAUGUGUUGCAUAUAUUUGGCCACAUUCACCGUCAGGAUUUGCUGCUGAUUGUAUAUAAUAGUUUAUGAACCACGAGAAUAGCUUUUUUGCGCAUAAUCUUUCUUUUUUAUGAACCAUCUUACCUACUCGUAUCUUUAAUUUGUAAUCCUAAUAACCGAAAGCUCCUUGGGGUAAGUUUGGAUAAAAUCGUUAAGGUUUACAAACAAGGAUCCAUCUGUCUUUACAUAAAGUGAGAUUCCUGAUGGAAAAGUUGCUAACAUCGGCUUGAGAGACGGACGUAUCCCUUAUUCGAUCUUAUCCACAAAAAUUACGCAUACUUGUCCUUGUAGGCUGUGAAUUUGCCACAAAGUUUUAUAUUAUUGUAAUCUUGUGGCCUAAAUUAGUUGUGUUAAUGUGACAUUGCAUAAAUAUCUGUUAUAAUUAUACACUAAAUAUAUUACUAGCAUGUUAUUAAUGUCAUUGCGGUCCCAAAAGUCUUGAAAUAAACCUAUUUUGUUUACGGA